GGUUUCCAAAAUACGACUGAACGAAUAAACAUUGAGAAACUUAAAAUACCAGAGCCAAUAUUAUUCUAUGACGAAAUAGUACUUUUUGAGGAUGAAUUGGCUGACAAUGGAACUGCAUUGCUUAAUGCUAAAGUG